AUGAAAGUGGUUGGGUUAGUCUCCGGAGGUAAGGACAGUUGUUAUAACAUGAUGAAAUGUACGCAAGAAGGUCACGAAAUUGUUUGUUUGGCGAAUUUAUACCCUUCAGGAGGGUUGGAUGAGGUCGAUAGCUUUAUGUACCAAAGCGUGGGGUAUCAAGGAGUUCAACUUUACGGAGAAGCCCUUGAAUUACCGCUCUUUAGGGCUGAAAUCCGUGGGCUUCCGCUUAACCAGUCAUUAGAGUACAGUUUAACAAAAAACGAUGAAGUUGAAGAUCUUUACCAGUUGUUGGUGAAGGUCUUGCACAAAUUCCCAGAUAUAAAAGGCGUUUCUGCUGGAGCUAUACUAAGUCGAUAUCAGAAAAACCGUGUUGAAAAUGUUUGCUUGAGAUUAGGUUUGAAACCACUAUGUAAGCUUUGGAAUGUGGAACAGAAAAGUUUGCUUGAUGAAAUGAUUCAUGACGGAAUUAGUGCUAUACUGGUGAAAGUUGCUACUCUUGGUCUCGAUCAACAACAUAUAGGAAAAACUCUCGUAGAGGUUCGCGAUCGUCUCUUGGCACUGAAUGCAAAAUACGGCGUGAGCGUUUGCGGAGAAGGCGGUGAAUAUGAAACGUUUGUUUUGGACUGUCCCUUGUUCAAGAGACGUAUAGUUGUUGAUGAUUAUUGUGUUGUUACUUCCUCUGAAGAUUGUGGACCAGUCGCUUACAUGCGCCUCGAGAAGUUUCAUUUAGAACCAAAAUCUUGA